AUGGCCGAAGAAGAAUCCAAUUACGUCGAAAGCAGCGUGGCCAAUGUUCCCAACUAUGAAGUUGCCGACCACGCCUUCAUUUUGUCUGAGCCGAGACUGAAGGAUCAGCACGAGGCAUCCCUGAAGUUCGUGCUGGACAAGGUAAAGGAAGAGGCCAUGGCGCCAUUUUACAAGUUCCUGUACGAAGAGUACCUCCCCAAGGGAGCCUUUGAGUGGGACGAGACGCUAUACAAAUCUCUUGUUGAUCGCAAUCAACAAAAUAUAACUGAACUAAAGGAGCGGUUGCAAGAGGUGGAAGAAAAAGACGAGGGAGAGCUGGAGAAAGCCCAGGCUUGGGUUAAGCUUGGAGAGUAUUAUGCACAGAUUGGUGACAAAACGAAUGCUGAGAAGACACUGGCCAAAGCGCUAGAUAAAGCUGUCUCGACGGGCUCCAAGAUUGACAUCAUGCUCACCAUAACAAGGCUAGGUUUCUUCUACAAUGACCAGCAGUUUGUCAAAGAAAAGCUGGAGCAAACCUUUUCCAUGAUCGAGAAGGGAGGAGACUGGGAAAGAAGGAAUCGCUACAAGACCUACAAGGGCGUGCAUUGCUUGGCAAUUAGGGAUUUUAAAGAAGCGGCGAAUCUACUGGUGGACUCACUAGCCACUUUCACAUCUACAGAGCUGACCUCGUAUGAGAACAUUGCCACAUAUGCUUCGGUGGCUGGGUUGUUUGCAUUGGAGAGAACCGAGCUGAAAGAUAAGAUCAUUGACUCUCCUGAAUUACUGUCCUUGAUGACCAACACCCCUGCUUUGCAGUCCAUUUCCUCCCUGACCAUAUCGCUAUACACCUCUGAGUAUUCAAGCUACUUUCCAUUCCUCUUGGAGACGUACGACAAGGUCUUGGUACCCUGCAAAUACCUGAGCAAGCACGCCGACUUUUUCGUGCGUGAAAUGAGGAGAAAGGUCUACGCACAGCUACUCGAGUCUUACAAGACUCUAUCAAUAAAGACCAUGGCAAGUGCUUUCGGUGUCUCCGUCGACUUUCUAGACAAGGACCUAGGGAAGUUCAUUCCCAACAAGCAGCUCAACUGCGUCAUCGACAGAGUCAAUGGCAUUGUCGAGACCAACAGGCCCGACAACAAAAACGUGCAGUACCACACGCUGAUAAAGCAAGGUGACGGUUUGCUGACGAAGCUUCAAAAGUACGGGACGGCCGUGAGGCUCACGGGUACCGACCGCGUUGUGUAG